GUGUAAUCAUGAAGCUCCACUUCCCCAACUCCAGUUUGCCAGCAUAAAUUAAGGUGAUAAGAAGAGGGAAUGUUGCAUCCUACUGGGUUUGGGUAGGGAGAGAGAAGACUUGGUGGAAAGUUGUAAGGUCUGUUGUGUUGUGAGCUAUUGGAGGCGCUUCCGUUGGUUGUUCAUUAAGCGGUGAGUUAUUGCUGUACGAGCCAAAGGUCAUUUCAAAGGCUUAUGGUGGCUAGAUAUCGUCUUUAUAAUGACCUGGGCUUCUUUGUGGGGGAUUUUCUGGCACUCUUAAGUUCUUAAAGUCCUGAAUCGACACGUUACACAGCCAAAUGAAAACUGCUCGUUUCGAGCCGCAAAUACUUGCGGGGCAUUUUCAGCGCUGGGGUUUCUCCGCUUAUCUGUCUCUCUGUCUUAACAGGGGGCCGGGAGGGAGGAAGGGAGAAAGACCUGCGCUAGCUCUGUUUCCGCAGGGCGCUCCACGGGCCGUGAGUUGCGGGCGGCAGGAGCGUUGGUUGUGACCGACGGGGAGGACUUCGCAGCUCCCAUGCAAUGGCGCUCCCGCUCCUCCGUGCACUGCAUCUCCGCACCCCUCCGCGCCUCGGCCCGGGCUGGGCGUUCGGGGAGGCACGCGCAGCUCCGCGGCCCCGGUGGGUGCACGAGGCCCGGCGGAGCGGCUGCCUCAGGCCGCCCUGCCCGGGUACGACCCGCGGCAGCGGUAUUUUGCGCGUUUGUUCGCUCCCCGCCUCUCUCAAAGCACUAUUAAUAAAUGAAGAGAAACAUCUGCCCUUUGUCUGGUAAUAGAUCUGAAGCGGACGGAGAGACACGGUCCGUGCCCACGGAUUAUCCAGAGGAACCUGAAGAUCCUACCCACACAGUUAAAGUCAAAAAUCAAGAAAAAACAUAAGUGUGGUGGCUACGAGUGGCCCGGGCCGACGACGUGAGGCGCGGGGCGGCGGUCAAUGUUAUUUGAGCGGGGGCCGCGGGCCUCAGCGAUCGCAGAGCAGAGGAUGCAGAAAGCCGCCUACUAUGACAACGCGGGGCUCUUCGGGGGCUACAGCUACAGCAAGGCCGACGCCUACCCCUACGGUGCGGCCCACCAGCCCUACGGCCAGGCUGGCCUGGACGGCGAGUACCCCGGCUCCGCCUGCUCCGUCCAGGGCUCGGCUCCCGGCCGUGCCCCGGCCCACAAGGGCAGCGAGCUGAGCGGCAGCUGCAUGCGGACGGCGGGGGGCGGCCCAGGGGGCAGCCAGCCCUCGGGCAUCAGCGAGCAGCAGCCCCCGGCGCUGCCGCCCUCCUCCCCGCCCAACCCCCCUCCCAGCGCGCCCCCUCCGAAAAAAACCAAGGGAGGCCCUAACUCCUCGGGCUCGUCCAACGCCACCCUCAGCAAGCAAAUAUUCCCCUGGAUGAAGGAGUCCCGGCAGAACUCCAAGCAGAAAAGCACCUGCGCCCCCUCAGGAGAGAGCUGUGAGGACAAGAGCCCCCCCGGGCCGGCCUCCAAGCGGGUGCGCACAGCCUAUACCAGCGCGCAGCUGGUAGAGCUGGAGAAGGAGUUUCACUUCAACCGCUAUCUGUGCCGGCCGCGCCGGGUGGAGAUGGCCAACCUUCUCAACUUGACAGAGCGGCAGAUCAAGAUCUGGUUCCAGAACCGCCGGAUGAAGUACAAAAAGGACCAGAAAGCCAAAGGCAUCAUGCACUCUCCCGUCGGACAGUCCCCGGACCGCAGCCCCACCCUGAGCGGCCCAAACCACGUCAGUUACUCCAGCCAGCUCCCCAGCGUCAACAGCCUCAGCUACGACGCGCCCUCGCCCACCUCUUUCGCCAAGUCGCAGCAGAGUAUGUACGGGCUGGCCGCCUACACGGCGCCGCUGAGCAGCUGCCUGCCGCAGCAGAAGCGCUAUGCGGGCGCGGAGUACGACCCCCACCCCAUGCAGAGCGGCGGCGGCGGCGGCUUCGCCAACCCCAGCCUGCAGGGCAGCCCCGUCUACGUGGGGGGCAACUUCGUGGACUCGAUGCCGGCCUCGGGCCCCAUGUUCAACCUGGGGCACCUGCAGCACCCCUCCUCCGCCAGCGUGGACUACAGCUGCGCCGCCCAGAUCCCCGGCGGCCACCACCACGGACCUUGCGACCCCCACCCCACCUACACGGACCUCUCCUCCCACCACAGCUCUCAGGGACGGAUGCAGGAGGCACCGAAGCUCACGCAUCUGUAGCGGGGCGGCGGGCGGCGGGGCCCGCUCCCCUCUCCAUUACCUCACUUUUCUGACAGGACAGUGUUACUUUGCUCUCGAGUGCCAACAGUGUUAGUGGAUUUGUCUCCCCUAGCAGCUCCCUUCUUCCUUCCGCAGCCCCGGGUAGGUCCGCGAGCAGGAGCCUUUCUCUUAGAGCUGUGUUUAAGCAUGACAGUGCAAUAUACUACAGACCGAGGGACUGGUAAGCAGGUAAUGAUGUACUUGAAGGUAAGUCUUAGAGAUGCCGUAGUGUUAGCAGCGCGUCAUGCUGAGGUGUUUUAGAGCAGGGGUGAGCGGUGGGAACUCACCCGCGCGUAAGCUUAUUCCAGAGAAGUUAAUUUAUGAAUUCUUCCGUAACGUAAGGAUCGCAUCGGACUAAACGAUAUGUAUUUAUUAUUUUAAGCGAGACAUUUUUGUAUCACUGAUUAUUUAUCCUCGUCUUAAUGUAUUUAUGUGGGUAUUUGUAGAGUUUCUUCACCAAUACUUCGGGAGAGCGAUUCAGGUCCGUGGUGACUGACAUUUCACCUAUUUAGUAUAUUCGGUCUGAACUAGUUGAGAGAGUAGUCUUGAACAGUUGUAACAGUGGCUGGUGUUCGUAGUUUAUGUAAGGAUUAAUUAAGACAGCAAGUCGUAAGUCAUGAAUAGAAUAAAACAAACUGUGGCAUCACACAAAAGAGCCGUUACACUUAAAAAAAAAAAAAUAGUAUCGGAAUUAUUUUAAAAAUAUUUAUUUCUGGCCGGCCCCGAGCGCCGGGGUGGCUUGGGGGCAGCUGGCUUGGCCGGGCGAAGCCACCCUUGGCUGGAACCGCAGCCGCUUGGAGGAGGCGAUCUAUGAAGCAGGGCACUUGGCCAUCUUGUUUCAGAUCAAAUCCUGCAUACAAAAACCUCGGUGAGGUUAACAUUUAUUUAUUGACUGGGUAUCUAUCACACAUAUUAUUAUUUGGGUGGGCUAUUUUAUUUUCUUUUUUUAUUGUUUUAAAUUACACUCUGGCUAUCUGAAAUAGGAAAGAAAUUAGAAGCUUAGAACGCAGAAAAAAUUAGAAACCCUCGGAUAGUGCUAAUUUCAUUAGGGUCUCCAUAGCAAUCCGCGCAGCAGCUGCCGCCUCCUUUGUUAUUUAUACUGUUGUCUUUAUACUAACCAUAAAUCAAUUUUUUAGACAUCUUUGGAAGCCCGAGCUUUUCCUCUUGUUUUUCAUAAAAAUAAACUUUGAAAGAAAAUUGACAAUCAGGUAGACGCAGCCGAAGGGGAGCCGCCGAGGCGGGGUGCGGGCAGUGGCGCCCGGCGAGGACGGUCCCGUCCUCCCGGACCGCAGCUGUGGGGCACCGCCGCCUCCCUCUGCCACCAACGGGACCGCUAACACGGGGAAGAAUAAGUAAAAAUUAAUUAAAAAACCCCAAACAAACCAGACCGCCCCCCCCCAAACAAACCACAAAACGAUGCUCUGAACCCUCGUGUUUCCUCGUCUUUAGUUACACGGCUGUGUUGAAUCCCUCGCUGGAUUUACAGAUACUUCUUUUGUAAACGUUGUCAUUAAAGCCUCUUCCUGACGGUACACGUCGCUCCGAAAAGACUGUUCUUACCUCUUUCUAAAAGUGUCGAGUUAAAGAUUAAUCCGAACUUCCGUAUUCCCCACCAACCCGUCUGACGCGCCACUUCCCAGUCUGACAAACACUGCAGCUCCUACUCCAUCCUCUAAUGAAAGGACCUGGCAUUCCUAUUGUGAGAUAUAUUUUAACUCUUCCAAUUCUGGUCAACACAGACAAGUUUUCUUUCUUUCUUUCUUUCUUUCUUUCUUUCUUUCUUUCUUUCUUUCUUUCUUUCUUUCUUUCUUUCUUUCUUUCUUUCUUUCUUUCUUUCUUUCUUCGUGUCUUCCUUUCUUACUUUCUUCCUUUCUUCCUUUCUUCCUUUCUUCCUUUCUUCCUUUCUUCCUUUCUUCUUCCUUUCUUCUUCCUUUCUUCCUUUCUUCCUUUCUUCCUUUCUUCCUUUCCUUUCUUCCUUUCUUCCUCUCUUUCUCUCUCUCUUUCGCUCUUUCGCUCUCUCUUUUCGCUCUUUCGCUCUCUCUUUUUGCUCUUUCGCUCUUUCUUUUGCUCUUUCACUCUUUCUUUUGCUCUUUUGCUCUUUCUUUCUUUUGCUCUUUCGCUCUUUCUUUCGCUCUUUUGCUCUUUCGCUCUUUUGCUCUUUCUUUCGCUCUUUCUUUCACUCUUUCUCUCUUUCUUUUGCUCUUUCACUCUCUCUUUUCCUUCCUCCCUUCCUCCCUUCCUCCUUUCUUCCCUUCCUCCCUUCCUCUUUUCCUUCCUUCCUUCCCUCCCUCCCUCCCUCCUUCUCUCCCUCCCUCUCUCCCUCCUUCCCUCCUUCCCUCCUUCCCUCCCUUCUGGUAUUUAUGUUUGGCUGGACAGUAACAAUUCAAAAUCCUACUUAGGGUUUUAUUUUCCCCUCUGUGCAAUUUUAACAAUGUCGUGCUAUGUUGAGAAGUGUAACUUCUGUUAAAUUUCACUUUCACCCAAGCAAAUUUGGAUAUAUGUGUUGUAGAUCUGUAAACAAAACAGAACAGAAUAAACUACUUUGUUUGGAGACAUAUUUUAACCAUUUUGAGCCCUAAAAUUGUUUUCUCUGGAAGUUUCCACACAAAUUGUUUCAUACAAGCUCCAUCCAGGAGUAAAAAACACAAACAAUGCAAAAACUAAGGCUAAACACCACUUGUGAAUUACACUUUAUAAUAUUCCAUAAAUAUAUAUAUGUUUGUAUCUCCAAAAUUUUCUGUAAUCAAUGUACCCAGGACUGAAAUUGUACAUGUAGGGUUUUUUGUGUGUUCUUGAAAACACCAUGUAUUUUGUACCACCUGCUUCUAUCUGUGAAAUGGCAAGGCACCCCUAUUUCUGCAGGGCCAUUCCUGGUGUAACCCAAUGUGCUUUCCUCAAGAGUUUCCCACCUUCAUGCUCUGUAGGUUGUUCUUCAAACAGUGUCUGCUCUGACUUGCACUAUUAGUCCUUCAUUAAAUCUGUUAAGAAAGAAAAGGCUGUUUUUAGGUAGCCCUUCCCCAGAUCUGAGGAAGAAGGGGGUUUGAGAGGAACCCUGACCACAAACACAGUGUUACUGAUGCACACUGCCCUGACUUAUUUUCAUAUUGCAGAAAGAUGGGGUUUGCUGACUUGGUUUCCAGUGGGGUGAAGGAGGAGCAUGUGGAAGGGGAAAUCUUGUAAAUAAAUUUACUUUCUUCUCCGUGA